GUUGGCUGCAUUGGAACAGUCCUCUCUAAUGAGCAGAUUUUCUGAGAGAGACAUACACACACACAGAUCAGGAGAGAGAGAGAGAGAGAUACUGAGAUCCAGCCAUAGGAGAGGAGGAGAGGAGAUUGUAAGACCAAGACAGCAGGCAGGAAGGCAGGCUGUGCGUCAGCCGGCGCUCCGUAGGGAAACAUGGAGACAAGCAGGAGAUGCUGAAGAGGACACAGCACACCAUAACAGGAUCAUAUAGAUGGAUGUUAUUUCAUCAAGCAGGCAACUGAAGGCAACCCACGCAGAGGAUAAACCACUUAUGGACGCAGUGGAUUAAAGACCUACAGACAGACAGAGAGAGAGAGGGAGAGGGGGAAUAGAGGAGGAGUAAUUAAUCAAUUCAGUUGUUUAUUUUCGUUGUCUGUGUGUGUGCGCACUUGCUGUCAGAAAGAGUGUGUGUGUGUGUGUGCCUGCCUGCAUAAGGCAGCAGACUGCAUUGCUGUUCUCCAGCAAGACAGGACAGACAAAAAAAGAAGGCAGCCAAGCAGAUUACCUUAUGUGUUUCCCCAUUUUUCUGUCUCUCACACUCUCUAUGCAUGUGUGUGUCGCCUCGCUGUGCGACCAGGCACAGUGUGUGUGUGUGAAGGCUGAGAAGAGGAUGUUGAAGCCUGAAGUGAGCUAAAGAUUUUGAGUUUGACUUUAAAUGGUCUUUUUUCUGUCUGAUCAUCAGGAGCGGGCUCGAAGAAAAAACUGUUUCUGCGGAGGAGAGUCUUUUUCUUAUUUUUUUUCUCCAUCACACAACAUGUCAAAGCUCCAGUUUGGGCCGUGGUGCUGAUCAGGGAGCCUAAGGGUGGCUUCUAUGCUGGAGGCUUGGAGGUUUGAAGGGCUGCCACCGGGGAGGCUUCUCAGCUCUAAACCCCAGAGAGGUGGAGGCAUCAUCAGGUAGGAGGCGACUGAGCGGAAAGCAGGAGAGGGGUAGGAGGAAGAGUUGUGCGUGUCGUAGACUGUGUAGGCAGGCCGAUGGCAGGACCGGUGGAGCUGUCUGAUGCUUUAAACUCCUGCUGAGAGAGGAUAAUGGCAGCUCUGGGCCCACUCUCCUCCUCUCUCACCCGCAUCUGCCACAGAGGAGCUGGAAAGUGCUAGCCGAUGCUACAAAGAUCUCACCAAGAGGAUGGUGUGAACAGCGUCACCCUUCCCCACCACACCGGGAGACCCCUGACACCGCUGUGAGGGGCCAAGUCUUCUUGUUCACCUCGUUUCUCCUUCCUCUUCUCCAAACCAGCUGAAAACGAGGGGUGGCGUUGUUUGAUUUGUGUGGGAGUUCUCUCCCUCUCCCUCCCACUCUCUCCUCCUCCUCACCCCUGACCUCACCGACCUCCAAACUCAGCUCCAUGGAUUGGUUCUAGCACCAACCUGUCCUUCUUUUUCCUCCCUUCGUUUUCUUUUUCUUUUCUUUUUCUUUUUGUCGAGGCUUCAGGGGAAUUGCCAAGACCUGUUUCAUGCAUGUCCACUGGCGGCAGGUUCAACUUUGACGAUGGGGGGUCAUACUGCGGAGGGUGGGAGGAGGGCAAGGCGCACGGCCACGGGAUCUGCACGGGACCCAAGGGCCAGGGCGAGUACUGCGGGUCCUGGGCCCAUGGCUUCGAGCUGCUGGGCGUCUACACUUGGCCCAGUGGGAACACCUACCAGGGCACCUGGGCUCAGGGCAAGAGACAUGGCGUGGGCGUCGAGAAUAAAGGCCGCUGGGUGUACAAAGGCGAGUGGACGCACGGCUUUAAGGGGCGCUACGGCCUGCGGGAAAGCACAGGGACGAGCGGGAAGUAUGAAGGGACGUGGAACAACGGGCUGCAGGACGGUUACGGAACAGAGACGUACUCAGAUGGAGCCCUCACUUCAACUACAUGAGGACACACUGUGUUUGGAGGCCUUCGAUUCAGGCCAUGCAUUCUUAAGGGAUGAAAAAAAGGUUAUAGGGACAAAGGAGGACAACAGCUCCCAAGUCCCAAGGAAACAAAGUGUUUUAGAAAACAGAUUGCAAUGUUGUAAAAAUAAAAUCCACGCUGAAAUAUGUUUUCACCCUUGAUUCUCCCACUUAUAUGAACCAUGCCAGUUUAAUUACUCUUGUAAAUAAUCCAAAUACACCACAGAACAAAAGAUUCACACUUCUUCGGCAGUGUAGGUGGCUAAUUUUCAAAUAUUCUUUCACUACAAAUGAGAUGUAAUUAGUUGUGUUUUUAGUUAUUCCUUAUCUAGACAAGACAAAAGUCUACAGCCAUUAGUGGCUCUGUGUGGCUACCUGCUAAAGUCAGCAUGCUGACAUGUUGAUGCUAAGCUGGUAUAAUGUUUACCAUGUUAACCGUCUUAGCGUGUUUAAUUGUAAUUAGACCUACACACAAGUAGUACAGCUGAAGCUGUUGGGAAUGGCAUUCCUUUUGCAGGUAUUGGUCAUAAAAUAUUAAGUAAAUUAAAAUUUUGACCUGAUGGUGGCGCUAUAUAAAAGUUAAAACAGUUCAUUCUUCUGGGGGAACAUGAAUAUCUGUUCUAAAUUAUAUGGCAAUUCAUCUUAACAUUUCACUCAAAACCACAAGUGUGAACCUGAUGGUGGCGCUAUAGGAAAAGUCAUUAGGCUUGAACCAAUCUAACCACUAGCUGUUGAGGUAUUUUAGUUUGGACCAAGUUGGUAGAUUGCCUGACAAUCCACCUGACCAACAUCACUAGAGCCCUGCCGCUAGCAUGGUAAAAAGGUACAGUUUAGAAUAAGUACAGUAUCUUCUGGUGGAAAUUACCAGAAAGAUGCAACUGCAAUACGACUGUGACACACACAUAUCCCUGAAUCUUUGUUCAUCAAUUUGAUGCAUGUAAUAUAUCCGUGACUUAUGCUUUAUGAUUCGCAAGAUAAAAUGUAAGCCUCUUUGCACAUGUAAACAUAUUCCAAAAGACCUUUAAUUUAUAGAAUAUCUUUGGAUUAGCAUCAGAUUUGCCCUGAAAUUGAAAUCAAUGAGUCUCUUAGACCAGGGCUCAGUUCAGUCACACACCAUAUGGAUUCCGGCUGAAAAUAGAUACACACACCCGAGCAUACACAUUGUGUGUGCAAAAAUGCACACACACACACACACACACACACACACACACACACACACACACACACAAAAUCUGGUGGCGUGAGUUGAGCAACAGAGCUGACAGUAGCAUACAUGCAGUUAAAGCUUUGUUACAUAACUCUACAACUAGCAGGACCACACACACACACACACACACACACACACACACACACACACACACACACACACACACACACAGUCCCGAGCAGCCCGAUGAAAUCCUUAGACCAGACUGGUUUUGGGGGUUGAAUCAGGACAAAGGAGAAGAAGUCAGCUUGAUAGAUAACCAGACAGAUGGGGUGGACGGACAGAGGGAGGGAUAGAUGGACGGACAGAUGUACAGAUUGAUGGGUGAAUGGAUCAGUUAAAUUAUGAACAGAUAAUAGAAAGAUGGCUGGCUGGAUGGUUGGAUGAUUAUCAUGAUUGCUAUAAGAGAUAGGCUCUAAUCAGGGGACGAGUGAGAUCAUUACAGAAAGAAAGGGAGACAAAAAUGGACAGCAAAAAAAAGGUGAUAAGAAAACCUCCCAGAGAGGGACGUGUUGGAGAGACACUGUAGCUAUGAAGUAUUUGAACCUACAUACUGUAGAUGCAGCAGAGAUUGGCCUAGUAAUGAAUGUUUAUCUUGCUCUAACAGUACACAGUGUCCUUAUUAUAACAGCAUGCAUUUGUCCUUUCAUAUAAAUCUAUAAGGAGACAUCCUUGCAUGUCAAACAUUUUUUUUUCAUAGAGAGUAACUGAUCAAGCUCAAAAUAAGUGUCCAAAGGGGGGAUGUAUUUUCUGCAUUGAUGAUCUGUUUCAUGCAUUGCCAGGACGAAGCUUACCUCGCUAUGGCUGACUUACUCAAACAUGUCUCUUUCUAGUGAUUUUCACAUGGCACAUUUCCCUCCCUGGGUAAUCUUAAACUACGUUAAUUCAGUCUCUUUUCACACUGUCCGUAUCAGUUAUCUUCAUUCUGUGUUCUUUAAAAGUCAGGCAUUCACAAAGAUGAGGUAAAAGACAAACCAUAUAGAUGUCAAGGGGCUAAUGGUGCAGUUCUAACAAAUUCGAACAGCUAAAAGUUGAAGUGAAGCAUUGUAUAGCAUGGAGAUCUAUGUUCUGAUACUAUUUUCUCCUUCUUGAUACUGAUUCAGAUUCCUGAACUUUGCAUAUUGGCCAAUACGGAGUACCAAUGCAAUAGCUGUGCAUUCAAUUUUCUCUUUUCUUGAACAAUCAUUGUAAUCAUACUACUAAGCCUGUAUGAUUGCUAUCAUUGUUGUAUGGCUUGGUUCAGGUUAAACCCUUUGUCAGAGUCAGGUCAGGGUGGGCGGGCCAUAACUUCACUAUCCUUAGGGGAAAAAACUGCGAACAGGAAACUGCUGGGACGUAGCAGGGUCCCUUCUCGGGGCUAAUACAUUACGUGGUAUCGGGGUAAACACGUGUCCUCACCGAUACGCAAUACCUUAUUUUAAGCAGUUUUAGAGGAAUUUCUGACACUGAUAUUGGUAUUAGAACAACUCUAGUUGCUAUAUUUAUUAGGAAGAUUAAUUCUAUCACCUCAUAAAGUUAACACACUAUUGCCUAACAUUUAUACAUUCAGCGGACAAGGGCACCAUUAGCAUCCAUUCAGAUUUGUGCUCUUGGCCACCUGACAAAUUUAAAGUUUGAAGUUGUUCAUUUUAUAGUAGUAACACUGAUUUGGCAAUGUCAUUUGCUAAUGUGUAAUUAUGUGAAUUAUAUGUUGGUUGUUCAGUCAUUUAAGAGUUACUGUAGUGAAGUAUUUUGCUGCCAUCCCAUGCUGCACAUUUGUUCUUAAAGGGCUGUGACAGCCAUGUCAUCAAUACAGUUUUAUAGUUACACUGAACUCUGUCAUAAUUUAACAGAAAUGUAUUGCCUUUUCUUUGAAUUACAGUAAAUGCCUGAGAAACUGUUUGCUUAAUUUGGCUUUAAUAAAGAAAAUUAGUACCACCUAGAAAUAAA